AUGCCUGGCAUUGCUCCCCCUCGUCGUCCACAGCGCCUAUCUGGUCUCGGAGGCAAGACUCCUACCUCUUUCAAACCUCUUCCUCGUCCAGCAAAGAAAUCAGAAUGUGGUUGCGACAAUCCUAGUUUCGAAGUCAUCGACGGUGCCAAGAUUUGUCUGAACUGCGGUACCCAAGUCAGUGAACAAAACAUCGUCGCUGAAGUCACUUUUGGAGAAUCAUCUACUGGUGCUGCCACAGUCGAAGGUGGCAUCGUCAAUGAAAACUCGCGUCAUGCAAAGACACUGGGUGCCGCUGCUGCUCGCAGACUGGGUGCUUCGAUGCAGAGUAGAGAGGACAGCGAGAACAACGGUCGUGAAUCCCUGCGCCUGUUCACCGCACGACUACCUAUCCCUCCUGAUGUCUCGGAUAAAGCUAUGGGUAUCUGGAAACUUGCCUCGAACAGUAACUUCACUCAAGGUCGUCGUGCUGAUGAAGUCGCCGGUGCUUGCUUGUACAUCGCCUGUCGAAACAAGGCCGAGAACACCAUCUUGCUCAUGGACAUUGCUGAAGUCAUUUCAGUCAACGUCUUCAGCUUGGGAGAUACCUACAAGGGUCUGCUGGCUAACCUCUUUGUGGACUUCAAGGAAACUACCAAGAUGAUCGAAAUUGAGCCAUUGAUCCUCAAGUACGCCAGCAAGCUUGAAUUUGGUGAAAAGACUCGCCAAGUCGCCGAAGAUGCCGUCAAGAUCAUUCGUCGUAUGAAGCGUGAUUGGAUUGUGACUGGUCGACACCCAGCUGGUCUAUGUGGUGCCUGUCUCAUCCUGGCUGCUCGCAUGAACAACUUCCGUCGCACCGUCAGAGAAGUCGUCUUCGUCGUCAAAGUGGCUGAUCUCACAAUCUCAAAACGUCUUGAAGAGUUCAAGCGUACUCGUGCUGCUCAUCUCAAGAUUGACGAGUUCCGCGAGAAAGGUGUGAGAAUCAGAGAACAAGCCGACCCACCAUCUCUCAUGGAAGCCGAACUCCGAAAACAAAAACAGUUGAGAAAACUGCUCAAGCGCAAGGCUUACGAAAUGAGCAAGGAGUCAUCCCGUCAAUCUUCGGCAGCAACUCAACAAUCACAACAGCCCCGCCGUGACGCAGACGGUUUCGCAAUUCCUGAGAUUCCUCUCGACCCCGCUCUUCACCGAAGUACCAGUGUCAAGAGUGGUCGCAAGAAGAAGGAAACAAUCACCCCACCACCCUUGACAGACGCCGACUUCAUGGCCGAAGAAGAACUUGAAGGUGAAAUUCAGAACAUCCUGCUCGAACGCGAAUGUAUAUCAUCAAAAGAACAAGCCGAGAAAGAGAAGAUUGAGGAACGCGCAAAGACACUUGCAGAACAACAACGUGCCGCCAUCGUCCAACAGAAUGCCUUGAGGCUAGAAGCCAUGGGGCGUACUCAUACUCUGGUCUCAGACUCAGAAAUUAUCGGCGAAGACGAGUUUGCCGAUGAUCCCGAGGUCGCCAAUGCACUCUUGAGCGAAGAGCAAGUCAAGGUCAAGGAAAUGAUCUGGGUCGCACACAACGAAGACUGGCUCCGAGCCCAACAAGCCAAGCAAUUGAAGAAGGCUCUUGAAGAAGCAGAGGGCAGAGACAAGAAGACCAACAAACGCAAAAAGAGAGGUCGUAUGGGCGAUGGCACUGUCCUCACCGACGCAGGAACACCCGUCGAGUCACCUGCCGAUGCUUCUUUGCGCAUGCUGGAAAAGAGAGCACCCAAAGGUUUCUCGCAAAGAGUCAACUAUGCAGCUCUGGGCAAGAUUUACGGCGAUCGCAGUCACGGCGAAUCGAGAGCUACAUCGGAAGCCUCGACCCCAGCACCUGAGAGCGUGCGCGCCGCUUCACCAUCUACUACUGCACAGUCACCACAAGCUGGACCCUCACAGACCGCUCUUCCUACGCCAGCAGCCACACAAGUUUCACCACAUCACGAAGCAACACAACCAGCAACAGAAGGAGCUGCGCCAGAAGAAGAAGCAGAGGAAGAGGAUGAGGAGGAAGAAGACGAAGAUGACUACUGGCCUGGAGCAGAAGCUCAACCCACCUCGCCACACUAUGAGGAAGACGAAGACUUUGAAGCUGCUACUGGGGAUGUCACGGGAGACUUUGGAAUUGGCGAUGACGAUUAUGGUGGUGGUGAUGAUGAAUGGUAG